AUGUCAACAUCUUCACCAUCACCUUCUCUCACGGACCACAUCUUAGAAAUUCUCUAUCGGAGCACAAUAUGGAAUUGGCUGCAGUCAACUUUAAUGGGAGAGACUGGUGAACCUCAGCAAACUAAUUCCCGGCUACUAGAUAAUCUUGCUCCAACUGUGCAAGUUAUCGUGGGGGUUUUCUUUUUAAUGUUGUUGACAAUAGGAAUAUAUGCUUUAUGGAAACGAAGCAUUCGCUCAAUUCAGAGAAUAUUACUGUUUGCAAUUACACUCUACAAACUUUACAAGAAGGGAACAGAUUUUUUUCAGGCUUUGCUGCUCAACCCAGAAGGUACUGCUCUCCCCAUUCAAGACAAUAAUAAUGUCUUCCUGUCCUUGGGUCUACAAGAAAAAAUUUUGAAAAAACUUCAGACGGUAGAAAACAAAGUGAAGGACCUGGAGGGAAUGAUUAUUUCCCAAAAACCUACCAUGAAGAGGGACUGCUCCUCUGAGCCCUACUGCAGCUGCUCCGACUGCCAGAGUCCCUUGCACACAUCCGGGUUCACAUCCACAUCAGAAAUGUAA